AUGGGUUUAGUUGAUCGAUAUUCUAUGAUGAUUGUUGCACAAUAUUUUCCCGCUAUUAAUGACCUUUUUCAUGUAAUAUUAAUUAAUAAAAAGUUCGUUAAUUUAAAUGAAUUAUUUCAUUACAAUCCAUAUGAUAUUUCAAUUAAUCAAUUAAAGUAUUUCCCUUAUUUACAUACACUUCAUUUUUAUAAAUCAAUUACAAUUCAUGAAGUUCCAAAGGCAAUUAAAAUUGUUAUUCAUUUUGAUAUUUCUUAUUUUCAACUUCUUAAUUUUCAAAAAAAGUACCAAAGAAAAGUUGAAGGAAAAAGAGUCAUAUUAAAAGAGAUAGAGCGAAAUGACUUAAAUAUUUAUAAUUUGAAUGAAGUACCUCCAGAAGUAACAAUUCUUGGGCAGUCAUGUUUUGCUCUUUUAGAUAUAGAAAAUCUUAACUUUUCACCUCAAAUUCAUGAAAUACAUGAAAAUUGUUUUAAUGGAAUAAAUAAAUGUUCAUCACUUGUAAUUCCUACAACUCUUACGUUUAUUGAUCAAUUUAGUUUUUCAAAUAGUUCUUUAAAAAGUAUAACUAUUCAUGACGGAAUUCUUCUUCGAAUGAAAGCAUUUGAUUAUUGUGGAGAUAUCACAGAAAUUCAUUUAACCACAGGAAAGAGGUUUCAUGGAUUUGUAGACACUUCGCUUCAAGAACUAUUUGAAGAAAAGAAAAUUGAAACACCAAAUGUAUAUUUUGAUACUUUUUCAAUCCCUUUUCUUGAAGAUGAGUCAGCCAUACCGAAAGAAUAUAAAUACAUCACUGACUAUUGUUUCAAUGAAGAAAUGAUUAAUACAAUUCAUCUCUCAGAAGGUAUUAUUCAUCUUGGAAUUAGAGCAUUUAAAAAUUGUUAUUCAUUGACUAAUAUCCAUCUUCCAAAUUCUUUAACAUCAAUUGGAAAAGGAUGUUUUACUGGAUGUAGUUCACUUGGACAAAUAACAAUUCCAUCUAAGAUUACGUCUAUCCCACAAAAAUGCUUUAAGAAUUGUAGAAGCCUUUCUUCAAUCAGUUUUAAUGGGAAGAUUACAGAAUUUGGAUUCGAAUGGAACAAAAAUACACAAAUUUUAUGUUCUGUAGAGCAAGAAAAGAAGAAAGAAGAUGAUUCAUUUAGUUAUAAUAAGAAUAAAUUACUUCAAAUAUAUUUUGAAUGUCAUUCUAAUUGA